GAGAAGCAGCGUAGCAAGCGGCUAUUUGGCGCUUUACUAGGCAAUUUAAACCAGCCCAGAGAUAGAACCUCGACAAGACGGCAGGAGAUCGAAGCUCGAAGAAAGGCUGAGCUCCAGCGACAGGAUGACGAGCGACUCGAAGACAAGCAACGACGGCUCGAAAGCCUUGCAGAACAUAGACGGCGGAAGCAGUGGGAUGUCGACGAGGACAAUAUGCGCUUUCGACAUAAGAGCAUGCUUGACGCAGCCAACUUUUUUAUGACUAGCGCCGAGCCGAAGAUUAUGUACCGACCAUGGGAGCUCCGACCGGACGAAGAAGAUCGCGUUGAACAACAGCUCGAGGAAGCGCAGAAACAGGUCGACGAAGAAGUUGAUUUGUUCGAGGCUAGACGU